ACGAGAGCCGCUAAGAAGUAAGAAGUACAUCCGCCCGUUCUGCUCCGAGGCAUCAUCUAUGGAUUCGCGGACUGCAAAGCCGCCCGCCGAGUUGCGCCCAAAACAACGAACCCUACCUGUUGGUUGACCCUCGGGGUGCCUGAAAUGGCUGCUGUACGACCAUCGUCCUCCUCGUUUGCGACUCUCUGUUCUGCCUUACAGCUUGUCCUUUGGUACACAGUACAUUAAAACACCGGGCUUGGUCCGGAAGGCUCAUUCACGCCAUGCCAGACAAGAACCUCACGAUUGCUACCUACGCCGCCGGAGCCUCCCUUGCCGCCAUAACCCUCGUCUACGUGUUUAGCCCUACCUUUUUCCUGGACAACGAAGCCUCGAGCACCAAGAAAAAGGGCGUUGUCGGCCUCGCCAAUGUCGCAAAUGACUGCUUCAUCAACUCGGUUCUGCAAGCUUUGGCAGGCCUACCCGAUCUGCGAAUAUACCUGAUACGGGAGGUCCAUCGGCGCAAGCUCGACGGGCCGCAGGUGUACGAAAUCACUCCCGAGGCAUUGGAACAGGAGAAAGGGAAAGGAAAGCCUGAGUUGCUGGAAGGUCUGCGGAAGGGUGUGGUUACAUAUGCGCUGAAGGAGAUAUUGGAUAGCCUAAACGAGAGGCCGUUGCACCGCAAGGUUAUUUCUCCGGUGCCAUUCAUUCGAGCGCUGGAGAGGGCUUUCCACUCACACAUCAGCCGGCAGCAGCAGGAUGCCCAGGAAUUCCUUCAGAUCGUGACGGAGCGGUUAUGCGACGAGUAUCACGCAGGCACGAAGGCCAGGCUACAAGCUCAGAAGCGCGGUAUAUCUAUUACGGCUGGAGAUAGCGCCUCGGAGAGGGAAGAGAUUGCUGCUCAAUUCGGUGUCGCUCCAACGGAGGAUACAGAUGAAGCUAACGGGGAAGGGGUAGAAGAGUCGGAGAAGCGGGAUGGGCACUCUCCGCUAUCUGAAGAAGGGUUCCCGUUCGAAGGAAAAUAUGAAUCGCAGAUCGAAUGCCUCACAUGUGGUUUCAAACCGAAGCCAUCUGUAUCGACGUUCGUUACCCUGACCUUGAAUGUACCCCAACAAUCCAGCACCUCGCUCAACGCAUGUUUCGACGGCAUCUUCAAGGUGGAGCACAUUGAUGACUUCAAAUGCGAAUACUGCCGCUUACAGCACGCAAUCGAUUACUAUACGAAGCAGCUCCCACGAAUAUCGCCUUCAGAAGCCAAACGGUUACAGGUCGAUAUUGACAAGCUGCGGCAGGCGCUUACCGAGGACCCUGAGAAACUUCCCGAGGGCGUCGAGCUCCCUGAUGCCAAGUUGGCACCACGUCGUCGAAUCGCUCGCCACAUGUACAUAUCAUCCUUUCCCAAAGUGCUCGCCAUCCACCUGUCGCGCUCCAUGUACGCUAUCGGGAGCAUGUCGCAGAAGAACAUGGCCAAGGUUGCAUUCCCCGAGACGCUCCCCCUGGGCUCCAUACUGGAUCGGAGGCAAUAUAAGCUUCUGGGUAUGGUUACCCACAAGGGAAGCCACCAGAGCGGACACUACGAGUCCUUCCGGCGCCAGGUACAGCCUCUACCCUUUUCCACGCCUCACUCCUUCGGCGUGGACGGGGUUUACAGUCGGAGCCGCCCCGCAAGCAGCAGUCCAUCCACCACGCAGAGUCCUAGGGUAUCGACGCCCAACCUGACCGGUACAGCCGAGCCUCCCCAACCCUCGACGUCAGGCUCAGAUUCUCCGUCAGUGGACUCCCUCUCCUCCGAGUCGUCGCGUCCCUCGCGCGUGCCGCCACCCACGUCCGCACCCCGUGAUGAGGACGGCCAGCACCUUCCGCUUCCUCGUCCCUCUUCUCCGUCCCCUUCUUCACUAUCACGAAACAGCAAACCCAAGUCGCUCAAAUCCUUCAGAGAAAAAGCCUCGUCUGUUUCCGUUGCCGAAAUCCAGCAGCAGCUCAAGGGCCGUCGGCCCAAGCACAAGCACGGCAGUAACCGCUGGUGGCGCAUCAGCGACGACAAGGUCAAGGAGAGCAAGACGAGCGAGGUGCUGUCAAUGGAGAAGGAUGUGUAUCUGCUGUUUUAUGAGCUGGAGCGGUAGCAAUCAUUUCUGCAGUGCAACAAAGAAGAAAAACCCUAGAGCAUUGAACUUGGAGCAUACGGUAUUCAUGAGUACAUGACUCCAUUUGAAAGUGGAUUGUUUGGUUAUGUUAAUGUUUGCAGGGUCGGCGUUUCCUGUAUAUGCUUGGUGAGAGGCCUAUAGCUAUCUGAAGUGCAUGUGUUUAGACAUAGAUGUAGACGCCCGCUCGUAGCGGGACUUCAAAACGAAUUGAGUGGAAUUUCAAACUAUAUGAAGGGGUUCGGGCUUUUCGCAAUGUCUCCUUUCCAAGUGGUCUUACUGUGUACAUAUUGCCAAUGUCGACG